UAAAAAUUAAAACCCUCUUUAGAGAGUUGAAAUAUUUCCCUCUCUAAUUCUUCGUUCCAAUUUGCUCGUCCUACCAGACUCUUCCCUUUUGGCCUUUCAGCCCAGAUCAUGAAAAACAGGCAAACCCUCAGCAAAUCUCAAAUGAAACCAGAGAAAGCAUUUUGAUCUCGCUGCUUUUGUUUAUGUACUGUAAAGUGGUCGACAGAUUACGGAGGAAGGAGACAAAAGGGACAUCGCACUAAUACUUUUUUCAUAACUGACGUUCCUUCCUUCUCUCCUCUACUUUUGGUACCCAUGUCGUUUUUCUGAAUGUAAUUUGUGGAGUCCCGUGAUUUUCAAUAACCAUGACAUAUUUGGAUAUUUACGGCUUGAAAUCUGGUCCAUCCCUUCCGAACAUCUCCCUCUCUGGCUCGUUUUUGACUUGGGCAGUUCUCUUUUAUUGUGUACUCUUUUUCUGUGAAGCUGUAGUACUAUUUCGUCGUUUGGUCUGGAGAUUUUUGGUGGGUAUUUGAUAGUAUCCUUUCUUUAGUAGAAAUUCAUAGUGUAGCACAUUUUGUCUGGGCUGAUUCAUUAGCUGAGGCUGUUGGUAGUUUUUUUUGAGUUUAUUUAGCUCAAUUCUCACAUGGGUUCAUCUCAAAUACCUAAUUUAUCUUAGUACUCAUCAAAUAUUCGUUUAAUUCCCCUAGAAACACCUUGAUUCCUCACUGAGGUGUUAAAUGUUUGUGUUGAGCUGUGAAAAUGGUGAACCAUAGGAAUGGUGAUAGCAUCAUUAAUCAGGCAGAUGGGAGAAAGAACCUAUCAACCAUCUCUAGAAGUGGUGGUGGAGCUACCAGAUCGUGGGGCCCCACUAUUUCCGGCCAAUCUGUGUCGACUAGCGGCAGCUUGGGGUCCCCCUCGAGCUGGAGUGAGGCUGCCAUAGUAACACCAGCUAGUGAUAGCACAUUUGUUCGGUUAAACAAUCUCGAAAUUCAAGGGGAUGAUGCAGGGUCUCAGGAGCCUGCUGGGAAGAAGAAGAAGAAAGGCCAAUGUGCAGUUGGAGGUGAUAAAAGUGGUCGAGGGCUUCGCCAGUUUAGCAUGAAAGUUUGCGAGAAAGUGGAAAGCAAAGGGAGAACUACAUAUAAUGAGGUGGCAGAUGAACCUGUUGCUGAAUUUACAGAUCCCAACAAUAAUGUUGCAACACCAGACCAGCAACAAUAUGAUGAGAAGAAUAUACGUCGAAGAGUAUAUGAUGCUCUCAACGUGCUAAUGGCAAUGGAUAUAAUUUCUAAAGAUAGAAAGGAAAUUCAGUGGAAGGGUCUGCCUAGGACGAGCUUGAGUGACAUUGACGAAUUAAAGGCUAGACUUCUUUAUCUCCUUUUAAUUGCAAAGAAAGCUGCAUAUCUUGACGAGCUGGAGGAACAAUACACUGGUCUUCAGAACCUCAUACAACGUAAUGAGCAACUGUAUGGUUUGGGAAGUGCCCCAAGUGGUGGAGUGGCCUUACCGUUUAUUUUGGUUCAGACUCGUCCUCAUGCAACCGUGGAGGUUGAAAUAUCAGAAGACAUGCAGCUUGUGCAUUUCGAUUUUAAUAGCACCCCAUUUGAGCUACACGACGAUAAUUAUGUUCUUAAGGCAAUGAAUUCCUGCAAGAAAACACCGGCAAAUAAUAUCCGUAAUGAUGGAGGAGAAAAUUCGAGAAGGGCCAAUUUGUACCGAAAAUAUCCACAAACAUCCCAUCAUCAGAGAACAAACUUAUCCGGAUAUUGAACGCGCACGAGCAUUAGAAUGUUCGUGUCGUGUCAGUGAAGAAAAACCGUGAAUUUUCUCAUCAAAUCUGUAUAUUUUUUUGUAAAAUGCUGAACAAGAUCAGUUUUUUUUUUCACCUCAAGUAAUGUUUUGUUGUUUUGAUCUAGCAGUUAUCAUAAAGAUUACAUGGUCUUUCAACUGGUUCUGUUUGGCAGGAAACUCAAGUGACUUUUAAGUUAAUGAGGUUAGUAUUGGGACUAACAGUAACAUCAUGUUGGGUUCAUGUUCAUAAUUAGUCUGAAUCUGAAUUAACAUUUGGGCCCAGCUUGUAUGAAGUUUGAUUGUACAGUUGGGCGUUUUCCGGGCCCAUACUGUGUAAACGGUGUUGUUUACUUCAUGUAUUGGGCCGUGAUAAACUGUAAACU